AUGACAAGAGCUGCAGUCAGCAACGCUAAAGUUUGGGGCUCUUCAGAGCAGCAUCCUUUUCUUCCCCAUCGGCCUGCGCAUCCAAAUGAUGCCGAGUCUGCUGAAUCGGGCAAUGAUAUCCAACCGGGUGUGCAGAGCAUAGAAGCAGUGACCGUGGCGUGGACAACAGGUGCCCUGAUCUUUGCAUAUGUUAUGGUCUGGCUCACGUACUUCGUCGAGGGGAUGUUGGUGGCAACAACGGGCAUCCUAGCCCCGUAUGUCACAUCUGCUUUUGCCUCGCAUGCACUCACGCCCACUGUCGGCAUUCUCAGCAGUGUCAUCGGCGGCGUCACCAACCUCACCCUGGCAAAGGUCCUCGACGUCUUUGGCCGGCCGCAAGGGUACUUUAUUUGCGUUGUUUUCGCUACUGUUGGACUUGUUAUGAUUGCUACAUGCAGAAAUGUCCAGACAUACGCUGCCGCCCAGGUCUUUCAGACGGUCGGAAACAAUGGAAUACUGUAUAGUUUGACCGUUUUUGUUGCCGACACUUCCUCGUUACGCAAUCGAGGGUUGAUGCAAGCUAUUGUCAGCUCGCCAAAUCUCAUUACGUGUUGGCUGGCUGGCCCAAUAUCAUCAGGCUUCUUGGAAGGCCCAGGCUGGAGAUGGGUGUUUGGCAUAUUUGCGAUCCUUGUUCCUUCCGUCACCUUCCCUCUCUUCCAACUUCUAUUGAAUAAUUACCUAAAAGCUAAGAAGAUGGGCCUGGUCUCUAAGGCUAGUGCAGGCGGGAAGAGUGAACGCACUGUGUUAGGGUCCCUGGUCUAUUACUCCCGGCAGUUCGACGCCGUCGGCCUUGUUCUACUGUCUACCGGUGUUGCACUGUUCCUACUACCGUUUAAUCUAUACUCACUGGAAGGUUGGCACUCACCACUUGUUAUCACAAUGCUGCUUGUCGGAAUAUUGUUCAUUGCUGGCUUUGUUGUAUGGGAGAGGUAUUAUGCCCCUAUUACAUUUGUGCCAUACUCCAUUUUGCUUGACCGAACCGUGUUGGGUUCCUGCAUUCUAUCUGCUACGUUAUUUGUUAGCUUCUGGUGCUGGAAUAGUUUCUUCAGCUCGUACCUACAGGUGGUCAAUGACCUCAGCGUUGAGAAUGCAAGCUACGUCGUUCAGGCGUACACUGUAUGCUCCGUCCUAUCUGCCAUCGCAGUGGGCAGCAUGAUCCACUACACAGGGCGCUUCAAACCUAUCUGUCUCUACGUGGGUAUUCCACUGAGCACUCUGGGUUCUGGUCUGAUGAUAUACUUCUGCAAGAUUGACAGUAGCAUUGGCUACAUCAUCAUGUGCCAAAUUUUCAUAUCUAUCGCUGCUGGCACGAUAAUGGUCUGUGACGAGGUUGCAAUCCUCGCUGCUGCUUCACACCAACAUGUUGCGGUCUGUAUCGCCGUCUUGGGCAUGUUCGGAAACGUCGGUGGUGCUGUUGGCCUGACCGUUGCCUCCGCUAUCUGGCAGAGCAUUUUUCCCAAGAAGUUGGAAGACUAUCUUCCUGCCCAGGAACUCUCCAACCUACCAGAAAUCUACGCAAAUAUCUCCACUCAGUUAUCGUACCCAGUCGGGUCGGCCACUCGAUUAGGCAUCCAACACGCUUACCGGGACGCUCAGAUGAGUAUGUUGGCAGUAGGCACUGCCAUUUGGGCUGUAGGCUUACUCGCCGUCAUCAUCUGGCGUGACAUCAACGUUAUUGGCAUUAAGCAGAGUAAGGGGCAUGUCUGGUGA